UUGAAGAGCUGGAGGAAUAGCCACCCUCUCCGCAAGGUUGUCAGAAUUGAUGACUCGUGAGACGAAUCACGCUGCCGAUAUGAAACGAGUGGGCCAAACCUAGAACUAUGUAGCACUUGUCCGAGUGUGGCAACCACUUUGACAGUCGGCGUGUGCCUGAGUCUCAAUGACAACCAAAAGGGUGCAAAAGCGGACGAGGCAGUUAGACGGAAAGGCUUGCAAGAGACAGAUCGAUUUUUCCGCGCGGAGCGCUGUCCUAGCACAACAAAAACAAUGGAAUCCCGUCCUGUCAGCACCAGUCUAAAAAAAGCGCAACUUACAGUCAGGAGGGCAUGCCUCCUAAGCAACACGUCUAUAUGCAUGGCGCGGCCUGAGCUCCGAAGAAAAUGCGUGAUAUGCCGCAGCACGAUUGACCUGCGUCAGCGCCCUGGAUCGCGUGUGUGUCCGUACCAGCCGAAUUCUAUUUUGAGACGGGUUUGAUGAUCGGAUGAUACCGAAUCAAUGCUUCUUUCUCUUCCCUGCCCGCGCAUCCGCACGCUGAGUUGCAGAAUGGGCCGGGCCCGUGUCACCGUCGGCCUAGCUCGCAGCUAAAGAUAGUCUCUGUGCCCUUGAGCGUUUGUGCGAGAUGCGGGCACGGUGCCUGUUGACUCCAUUAGCCUGACAACAUCGUGAGCAGGACCUAGAUGUCGACACGGUACAAAAGAAUGCCUUCCCUCUCCAGUCUCCUCAACUUUGUCUUGCUCGCCGCGAUUGUGUCCGCGGCUCCUUCGCAGACCAACACCGCCAAGCGCGCCACCUGCACGGUGAACAGUGUCGCCAGCGCGUCAGGUCUGUCGAGCUGCACGGAUGUCGUGAUCGAGGCAUUCACUGUGCCCGCCGGCAAGACAAUCACGAUCGCGGCGGCCAGCGGUGCCACAGUCACCAUGAACGGCGACAUUACUUUCGCAAAGACCACCGUGAGCGGCCCGCUCAUCACGUUCAACACCCCGAACAUCAACUUCAAUGGCGGGAACCACCGCAUCGACGGAAACGGCGCUCUGUAUUGGGAUGGCCAAGGCACGAAUGGAGGCUCGUUCAAGCCCCAUCCUUUUGUCAAAUUCCAAGGCUACGGAACGUUCUCCUCGGUCACCGUGCUGAACUCGCCAGCCCAAGCGGUUUCGGUCGGCACCACGAGCAAGUCGACGAUCGAGCAAGUGACGGUCGACAACUCUGCUGGUGAUUCCCAGGGCCACAACACCGACGGAUUCGACAUCAGCGCGUCGGACGUGACAAUCACCAACAGCAAGGUGAUGAACCAGGACGACUGCGUCGCCGUUAACUCGGGCGACAGCGUGACGAUCGAGAGCACGACCUGCACGGGUGGCCACGGGAUCUCGAUUGGCUCGAUCGCGUCGGGCAAGUCGGUGACGAACUUCCGUGCGACGGGGAACACGGUCAGCAACAGCAAGUACGGGCUGCGGAUCAAGGUCGAUGCAAACGCAUCCGGUGCAAAGGUAUCUGGUGUGACAUACACUGGCAACACCCUGUCGGGCAUCAGCGACUACGGGAUCCUCAUCUCGCAGAGCUACCCGACCGAGGACGGCACCACUGUCGGGACCGGCGGUCCCAUCUCGAACGUUGCGUUCAACGGCGCGAAGACCACUCUCGCCGUAGACUCUGGGGCAUACUCCGUGGUCGUGAACUGCGGUGCGUGCUCUGGGACCUGGGACUGGUCUGGCCUCGACGUGACUUCGGCUGGCAAAGGCCACAAGCUGUCGGUGAACCAGGCGAAGAUCUCUGGAGGCACUUACUGA